GCCAGCUCCACACUAUUGUCAAACUCAGACAGAUGCCGACGUAAUUGCACGAACAUUGCGUAGUUUGUACGAGUGCUUUUAUUUACCGCGAUGAAAAACCAGCAAUGUACCUAUGCCGAAUCCGUCAAAGUUCAGCCGCGAUUAUAGAUGCCGUUAUAGAUUUAGAAAGGACCCCAGGCGCGCAGGAUUCAUUCACGAUUCAUGUGUAAGAAAAAUGCAUGCACUCAGCAUUUGCCGAUGAACUCUCAAAAUAUUUUUUUUAAUCUGUGCGCUCACCUCCAUGCUGCCUACUUACAAUUAUAUAUUUUUAAUUAUUUUUUUUGUCUAUUCUGUCAUGUUGGAUGACAUUCAAAAAUUAUUUUCACUUCUCCGCUAACAUCCCAAAGCGCGUGCUAUACAUAGGUACACAACAAUAUAAGUUUUUUUUAUAAAUAUUUACAAAAUGAAUCCUGAUGAUAGUUUGGAAGAAGUCGAACUUGAUAUAGAAGUUCCAAAAGAAGAGAAAGAGAAGACUGUGUGUGCUAGACUAAUCCUUACUGCAGAACAGGAAAACGAUCUACGUGAAGCGUUUAACUCCCUCGACCAUCUCGGUGAAGGAAAAAUAAAAGCUGAUGAUUUCCGCGUAGUCAUAAAAGCGCUAGGAUAUGAGCCCACAAAAGAAGAGUUGCUACAUAUGGUCAAUGCGGUGGACAAGGGCAAUACCGGGAAGCUGAGCUUUGAGAACUUCCAAACUGCCAUUAUGAGGAAGAUCAUGUCCCUCGAUACUGACGGCGACAUUAUGAAGAGUUUUCGUUUGUUCGACAUGGAUGAUAGCGACAUGGCAGAUGAAGAUAUAGAAGAAAAGUGUGAACAGCUUAUGAAUGUGGUUGUGGAUUCAAGAAAAAAAUUUGGCAAAAUGUGUGUCGACUAUGAACUGAAAUCAUCACUGAUGGAGAAUCAGAUGUUAAAGUUACAACUAGAGAUAAUAUCCAAUCAUAGAUUUAAGCCAAAACACACUGUGCCCGACCUAAUGGAAGACAACAACGAUAUGGAGAAUUUUGCAGUGGAAGUUAUGGAAAGACAACAAAAAAUUGAAAAUCUGAGAAAAAGGCUAAAAAAUACCCAAGAAGUAGUGUUGCAAUUGAAAACAGAUAAUGUUGGCAAGCAACUGCGGGAUCCAAUCACGGCAGAAGCUAUGUUAGAAAAAGCUAAACUAAAGAACUUAAAUUGAUACAUAUCAUUUAUGUUUGUAAAGUCAGUAAAGCAAGCAGUACAUAGUCUACUCUAUUAUAUAUAUAAUCAAAAUGUUAAACAUGAAUUAGGAAAGGUUAAUUUUUUAAAAUACUUUUUAUCUUCAGUAUUAAUAUUUCAAUGUUGCUGCAGGGUUUAAAAUGCUGACUAGUUGAUGAUUUUAUCAGCUCGAGUAAAUACAUAAUAAAUUAUACACCAAGAAGUCCUAAGUAUUAGUAUAAAACAAGUGAAAAUCCAUGCAUUAGUUUUGCAGUUUAUCAUUAACAGACAUGUGACAGAGGACUUUAUUUUGUAAUAUGUAAGGAUAAUGUUCCACAACUACUAUAAUUGUCGAGGGAUAUUUUAUCCUAACAUAGCUCAGUAAUCAGUGGUUCAAGAACCACCAUUAUUAUACUGGUUCUUUAACCACUGAUUAUGUUAUAGUCUCAUUAACUUAAUAAAUGGUAGGACUAAAUAAUACUCCAAAAUAUUACAAAAAUUUAUUUUAAGUAUCAUAUAGUAAUACCAUGUUUCCCUAUUACCUAAUUGUCUAAUAAAAGAUUAAAAUUACAUUUUACCACUCA